AGCGCUUGGAGCGGCGUUUACGGGAGGAGCUGCCACCGCCGGCGCCGCCACUUGGUUGGAGGGGUCUCCGACUGGAGUUCGCCGGCUAGUUUCUUCUUCGCCGGCCCGCCUCCUCCGUCCCCUCCAGCGCCAUGUACCGGGCCCUGUACGGCUUCCGGUCGGCCGAGCCUAACUCUCUGGCCUUCGCCGUUGGCGAGACCUUCCUGCUGCUGGAGCGGAGCAACCAGCACUGGUGGCUGGUGACCCGAGCGGGCUCCGGGGAGACGGGCUACGUGCCGGCCUCUUACCUGCAGCGCCUACAGGUGCUAGAACAAGAUGUGGUUCUGCAGUCUAUUGACAGAGCUAUUGAAGCUAUUCAUAAUGAGGCAAUGAAGAAUGGAGGAAAAUACAACUUGGAACAGAGGGAUGUCCUCCAAAAGUUGAUCCAUCAUCGGAAGGAAACAGUUUCCCGCAAAGGACACUCACCAUCCACUCAAGGAAUGACCCCAUCCACCAGUGAUCACCAUCUGGACCUAGCCAGACAACCCAAUGGUGUCUGCAGGACUGGAUAUGAACGACACCACAGUUUGCCUAACAAAGACACCCAAGAGGAUGAAGGUGGCCUUUACCAGAUUGCUGCACAGUCGUGCCGUGCCACUCCUGUUAUUCCCCCACCACCAGAGAAACGCAAGACAACUGCCCCUGUUAAAAGUGCAAUUGGAAUCACCUCUGGAUCAGUUUCUAGCACCUCUACGGAAAGCACAACUUCACUGGAUACCUUGUACACGGGUUCAACAGAAUCAGGUCUCCCUACUGCUACACCCAGCCCCAACAAUACUCCUCCCCCUGUUCCUAGCAGAAGUGCCCUCACCAUGGCAUCAUCCAGCUUAGAUGUUAGUCCGGUGGUGCAAAGGAAACAUGGGAGUGCAAGCAAAUCCCCCCAGACCAAAAGGGCUGCUCCACAACCUCCUGCCCAAACAGAGGUUUCAGCUGCAGGUGGCAAGAAGAACUUACAAGCGAAGGAGAUCUCACCAGCCACAUCUACAGGGGUAGAAAACUUUGAUUUACCUUGCCUGGAAGAUGAGAAGGCAGCCAGUGUAGAGAUGGUGGAGCAAGAAUCAUCUGGCCUAGUAACCACCGUGCCAAAGACGAUAGGGGCUGAAUUGAUUGAGCUGAUCCGCAGGAACACAAAUCUCAGCUAUGAGCUCUCCAGAGUUGCCAUAGGUGUGGUAAUUGGCCACAUUCAGACUUCUGUUCCAGCCCUUAAUAGCAUCAUGGAGCAGAUUCUCAUCUCACUAGUGGAAAGCAAGGAUCUAUGUUCAGGUUUGCCUUCUGGCCAGAUUUGCCACGAUGAAGAGAGACUGAAGGUGAUAUUUACAGAUCUGGCCCGGCACAAGGAUGAUGCCCAGCAGCGUAGUUGGGCCCUCUAUGAAGAUGAAAAUGUCAUUUGCUGUUAUUUGGAAGAACUGCUUCAGAUUCUGACAGAUGCAGAUCCAGAAGUCUGCAAGAAGAUGUGCAGGAAGAAUGAGUUUGAAUCAGUGUUAUCCCUUGUGGCAUAUUACCAGAUGGAACACAGAGUUCCAUUGCGCCUGCUGCUUCUGAAAUGUUUUGGAGCAAUGUGCAGUUUGGAUGCUGCUAUUAUUUCUGCUCUGGUUAAUUCUGUUCUGCCAAUGGAGCUAGCCCGAGAUAUGCAGACUCAUACCCAAGACCAUCAGAAGAUGUGCUACUCUGCACUGGUGCUGGCGAUGAUAUUUUGUAUGGGAGAACCUCUACCAUACCAUCACUAUGAGCAUCUCAAUUCCCAAUUUAUUCAGUUCCUAUUAGAUGUGAUUGAAGACGGAUUGCCAUCAGAUAGCACAGACCAGCUGCCUGAUCUGUUCAUUAAUGUUCUUCUGGCUUUUAAUCUUCACAUUCCAGUUCCGGAGCAUAAUGUGAUCAUGGUUACUGUGAAGAAGCACUCUAACAUCAAAACGUUCACAGAGAAGGUGCUGCUGCUUCUGAAUCGUGGAGAUGAUCCCGUGUGCAUCUUUAAACAUCAGCCCCAGCCACCACAUUCUGUGUUAAAAUUUCUUCAAGACAUCUUUGCUUGCAAGGACACUGCAAGCAUCUUCUACCACACAGACAUGAUGGUAAUGAUCGACAUAAUUGUGCGACAGAUUUCGGAUCUCUCCCCUGGAGAAAAGCUGCGAAUGGAGUACUUGUCGCUGAUGCAUGCCAUCAUGCGGUCUACCCCAUACCUACAGCAUAAACACCGUUUAACUGACCUGCAGGGGACCUUGCAGCGCAUCAUGGUGGAAGAGGAGGAGAGUCAGCAGUGCCAGAUGGACAAAAUGAUAAUCCAAGAGAUUUAUAAAGAGUUUCCGGAGAUAUCUCCUGGAGCCAGCUAAUUGAUUCAAGGAGAGAACAGUGUGGAAUAAAAAUACCUCUUGUGGCUA